CGCCGUCGCCUUGGCGGUUGGGGGGUCGGUGGGGCGGCGAGGACGGGGGGGCUUUGCGCGGGGCGGCGCGCCGCUGUUUUGUCUCCUCCUCUCCCAGUGGAGCGGCUCGGGCAGCCGGGGAGGCCCCGGCUCCCUCCGGACGCCUGGCCAACGGCGGCGGCGGCGGCGGCUACUCCGCGGCCCUGCCGGGAGGGAGAGCGACGCGGCGGUCUUCCCGGGCGACGCGGAGAGCAGUAGUUCCAGGGAACUGCUGGUUUAUAUUCUAACUCUUGCCAAAUUGUGAAACUAGUGAAGGAUGCUUAGACUACUUAACAUUCAAAUUGCUCUCUGGUUAAUCAUCUUAAGAAGACUGGAUUUCUGGAUAUCAACUCUACUCCAUCUCUAUUGACUUUUAAAACAUGAUAAUGCAAACCUAUAACACUGACAAUCAUCCAUGAACCUUUAAUUACAUUGAUUGGUAGCGUUUGAAGCUUCCUCAGGGAGUAAACAAUGACAUCAGCAGUGGUUGACAGUGGAGGUUCUAUUUUGGAGCUUCCCAGCAGUGGAGUAGAAAAUCAAGAGGAAAGUGGAAAGGUUUCUGAAUAUCCAGCAGUGAUUGUGGAGCCAGUUCCAAGUGCCAGAUUAGAGCAGGGCUAUGCAGCCCAGGUUCUGGUUUAUGAUGAUGAGACUUAUAUGAUGCAAGAUGUGGCAGAAGAACAAGAAGUUGAGACGGAGAAUGUGGAAACAGUGGAAGCAUCAGUUCAUAGCAGUAAUGCACACUGUACAGAUAAGACAAUUGAAGCUGCUGAAGCCCUGCUUCAUAUGGAAUCUCCUACCUGCUUGAGAGAUUCAAGAAGUCCUGUGGAAGUGUUUGUCCCUCCUUGUGUAUCAACUCCAGAAUUUAUCCAUGCUGCUAUGAGGCCAGAUGUCAUUACAGAAACUGUAGUGGAGGUGUCAACUGAAGAAUCUGAACCAAUGGAUACCUCUCCUAUUCCUACAUCACCGGAUAGCCAUGAACCAAUGAAAAAGAAAAAAGCUCAAAGGGCUUCGCAGAUUAUCAGAUCUUCUGCAAUAGUUGGCCGUAAACCAAAGACCCAGCAGUCGCCAAUUUCCAAUGGGUCUCCUGACUUAGGUAUAAAGAAGAAACCCAGAGAAGGAAAAGGAAACACAACCUAUUUGUGGGAGUUUCUUUUAGAUCUACUUCAAGACAAAAAUACUUGUCCUCGAUACAUUAAGUGGACUCAGAGAGAAAAAGGCAUAUUCAAGCUUGUGGAUUCAAAGGCUGUCUCUAAGCUUUGGGGAAAGCAUAAGAACAAGCCAGACAUGAAUUAUGAAACUAUGGGACGAGCUUUGAGAUAUUAUUACCAAAGGGGUAUCCUUGCAAAGGUUGAAGGACAGAGGCUUGUAUAUCAGUUCAAGGAUAUGCCCAAAAACAUAGUGGUCAUAGAUGAUGACAAAAGUGAAACCUGUAGUGAAGAAUUAGCAGCAGCUACGGAUGAAAAAUCAUUAGAACGAGUAUCAUUGUCUGCAGAAAGUCUCUUAAAAGCAGCAACUUCUGUUCGUGGUGGGAAAAACUCAUCUCCUCUAAACUGCUCCAGAGCAGAGAAGGGUGUAGCUAGAGUUGUGAACAUCACUCCCCCUGGUCAUGACACUUCACCCAGGUCUCCCACUACUACCACAUCUGUAUCAGCAGCAGCAGCCCCAAGGACAGUUCGUGUGGCAAUGCAAGUACCUGUUGUAAUGACAUCGUUGGGCCAGAAAAUUUCGACUGUGGCGGUUCAGUCAGUUAAUGCAGGUGCACCGUUAAUAACCAGCUCUAGUCCGACAACAGCAGCCUCUCCAAAGGUAGUUAUUCAGACAAUCCCUACUGUGAUGCCAGCCUCUACUGAAAAUGGAGACAAAAUCACCAUGCAGCCUGCCAAAAUUAUUACCAUCCCAGCCACGCAACUUGCACAGUGUCAACUGCAGACAAAGUCGAAUCUGACUGGAUCAGGAAGCAUUAACAUUGUGGGCACCCCACUGGCUGUGAGAGCACUUACCCCCGUUUCAAUAGCUCACGGGGCCCCUGUGAUGAGACUAUCAGUGCCUCCUCAGCAGGCAUCUGGCCAGACUCCUCCCCGGGUUAUCAGCGCAGUCAUAAAAGGGCCAGAGGUUAAAUCAGAAGCAGUGGCGAAAAAGCAGGAACAUGAUGUGAAAACUUUGCAGCUGGUACAAGACGACAAACCGGCAGAUGGAAAUAAGACAGUGACCCACGUAGUGGUUGUCAGUGCGCCUUCAGCUCUUGCCCUUCCUGUGACAAUGAAAACGGAAGGACUGGUAGCGUGUGAGAAAUGAAGCUGCAGUGCUCCCGGGGAUGCUAGGGUGUUAGUGCCGGUCCUGAUACGAGUGCUUGCAAGGGGGUCAUCGACAGAAGUCAGAAGACUUUAAAACACUUCUAAUGCAUUUAAGAAAACAAUCAAACUUACUGGAAAUAAAUUACCUAUCCCAUGUUUCAGUGGGAAAUGAACUACAUAUUGAGAUGCUGACAGAAAACUGCCUCUUACAGUAGAAACAACUGAACCCGCCAAUAAGGAAAAGGACUGAAAGGGACCAAGCCGCUCACUACAAUAUCAAGUUACACUAAGACUUGGAACACUACCACUGUAAGAGGUUACACAGUUUUCAGUGGGGAGGGAUUGGGAUGGGUGAUCUUGUCGUUACAUAUAGCAAUUUUUGAUGCAUUUUAUAUGCAUACCAGCAAUUAUUACUGUGUUCACACAGAACUCACUUAACUGGUGCUAUGUGAAAACUGCUAAUAUAGGUAUUUUAGAAUGUGAAUUGAAGAAUGGAUCCAAAAGCUUCAGAAAGAGGUUAGCAAAAAAGAUCUAGUGCGUUUUUUUUUUUUUUUUAAAUCAUAUAGCUUAAGCUGAUUUAAAACAAAGGCCUUAGACUAAUUUUCGGUUUUCUUUAUUGAAAUAAGCUAAUGGCUUGUUUGUGUAAAGCUUUUUUAUUAAAAGAAAAAUUUUAAAAAUCUUGUACCUAGCACAGUAUUGUUAUAGAAUUUACAUGUAACAUUUUAUAUGGUAGUUUAAGUCUGUCAGUUUCUUAAUUGUGGACAAAUUAACAGUUGGCUCUGGCCUUUUGCUGUAACACGCCUGUUUGUCACUCACUCAGCCCUGGCAUCUGUGCAGACAUAUCCGUUUCAGUUCUGCUGUCACUCGGAAGUUAAGGCUCAGCAUGAUUUUUGUCAGGUAACUCUAAUACCUGGAGUUUUCUUUCUUCCUUUUUUUUUUAGUUGAAGUUUAAGAGGGAAAGUACCAGUGUUCAGAUUUGAACUAUAAUAGUUUGUAUAUUCAACAUUUGAAGUAUAUUCUAUUUUGUUGUACUCUUGUUUCAAAGUGUAUUCAAGUAGGUUUUCUGAAAUAUAGAAAUGAAAUUUACCUUGUGUUUUGGUCUCUGGUGAUAUUUAUAACAAUAUUCAAAAGCUACUAUAUAUAAACAUGUUGUUUUAGUUAAAAAGUAAUAGAAGUCCUAUUUUUCCUUCCCAACUGCUGCGUGAAGAAAUUGUUUUGUUCCAUUACAUUAAUAUUUGGCAAAUAACCUGCAUGUUUCCACUUCCUAAUUACUGUCAUGUAAUUAUUAUAAUGUUCUACUUACCCUAAUGAAUUUACUAUUUUAGUGUUGGCCACACUUAAAUAAUUUAUAUUUCAAAUCAGACCAUUUGUUUCUCAAUCAGACCUUUAGUGGGUGAGGAAGAACAAAUAAUACUCUAGCCCUUUUAGAAACUGGCGGGACCAGAGGAACCUCAUUUUACACCAAACUAGGUCCUGUAACUCCAUAUAAUAAUGCUCUUUCUACUACAAAGAAAAGUUGUCUAUUUUUACAUCUUUUAGGAAUUUAAAUAAACUGAUACUUAAUAUUUGUGGCCUUUAAUUGUGCAUUUGGUUAGACACUACUUAGGUCGACAGAUUUUUAUAACAGCUCCCUUUGUAAUCAUUUAUCUUUCCCAUAAACAUACUUGAUGGUACUUUUUAAUAAAAUCUCAAAGAAAAA